ACUCUCGGCAUAUUUGCGAUCAGUCUAGCCACGGACGGCAUACGCGAAAGUGGUUAAAAAUGUGGUUCCCAACCAUAGAAGUUCUCGUAGCGCUUCUGGCACUACUCGGUGGAGCAGUGUACUUUAUCGUACGCAAACAAUCCUACUGGAAGGAGCGUGGCGUACCGCACCCAAAGCCAACAUUCUUCUUCGGCAGCUUCAAAGAUGCCGGCACGAAGAUACACUUCACCGAGGAGGUAGAACGUUACUACGCCAUUUACAAAGGGAAACACCCGUUCAUGGGCGUGUACAUGCUGACGACACCGGUCGUACUGCCGCUGGAUCUGGAGCUGAUCAAGGCGAUCUUCGUGAAGGAUUUCCAGUACUUUCACGAUCGCGGCACGUACUACAACGAAAAGCACGACCCACUGACCGCCCAUCUGUUCAAUUUGGAGGGUCAAAAAUGGCGCAAUCUUCGCAACAAGAUGACACCCACGUUCACGUCCGGGAAGAUGAAGAUGAUGUUCCCGACGGUGGUGGCGGCGGGCCAGCAGCUGCGAGACUUCAUGGAGGAAAACGUCCAGAAGCACGGUGAGAUGGAGCUGAAAGAUGUGAUGGCCCGCUUCACGACCGAUGUGAUUGGGACGUGCGCGUUCGGAAUCGAGUGUAACAGUAUGCGUGAUCCGGAUGCGGAGUUCCGGGCGAUGGGGAAACUGUUUAUGGAACGGCAACCGUCGCAGUUUGUAAACAUGAUGGUUCAAUUCUCACCGAAACUGUCCCGGCUGUUGGGCAUACGGUUUAUCGAUAAGGAAGUGUCGGCGUUCUUUCUGAAGGUGGUCCGCGAUACGAUUGACUAUCGGGUUAAGAAUGGCAUACAGCGGAAUGACUUUAUGGAUCUGAUGAUACGGAUGCUGCGGGACACAGAGAACCCGGAGGAAGCGCUUACCUUCAACGAGGUGGCGGCACAAGCGUUUGUGUUCUUCUUUGCUGGGUUUGAAACGUCUUCCACACUGCUAACGUGGACGCUGUACGAGCUAGCGCUGAACCCCGAGGUGCAGGAAAAGGGACGCCAGUGUGUGCAGGAAGUGCUCGCCAAGCAUAAUGGGGAGAUGACGUACGACGCUAUCCACGACAUGAAGUAUUUGGAUCAAAUUUUGAAAGAAUCCCUACGCAAGUAUCCUCCAGUUCCGAUGCAUUUCCGUAUGACGGCACAGGACUACCGCGUGCCUGACACGGACUCAGUCAUCGAGGCCGGCACGAUGCUGUUUAUACCGAUCUUUUCCAUUCAGCGGGAUGCGAGUCUGUUUCCCGAGCCGGAAAAGUUCGAUCCGGAACGGUUCAGUGCGGAGGAGGAAGCGAAACGUCAUCCCUUUGCCUGGACACCGUUCGGUGAGGGGCCGCGGGUUUGCAUCGGGUUGCGGUUCGGGAUGAUGCAGGCACGGAUCGGGUUGGCCUAUUUGCUGCAGGGUUUUAGCUUUGCGCCGUACGAAAAAACUUCCAUCCCGAUGAAGUUCAUUACGAACAGUUUCAUACUGGGUCCGAGGGAAGGCUUAUGGUUGAAGGUGAACAAGCUGGAAUCGAAGCAAGGUUGAUGGACUUGUGAAUGUUUGGGAAGGCAUGUAUACUAACCAAAUUAUUGAUAUAUUUAUCGAGCGGAAUGGAGUACAAUAAAAUAUAAUAUUUACAAUAGCAUA